AUGAAUCCCAAUGGAUCCCAAGGUUCUGGUGGCUCUGCAGCUCCAGGUUGUGGGUUUGGUGGUCUGCAUGGCGGUCGUGGUGGACGCGGGGGUGAUGGUCGUGGUGGAGGUAAUGGUGCUGGCUUCCCUGUUGGCCGUGGUGGUGGCCGUGGUGAAGGCGCUGGUGGUGACUUAGGUCUUUCCUUUGCUGGAGGACAUGGUGUAGGCCGUGGCCGUGGUGAAGGCAAUGGUGGUGAAGUUGGUCCUGUAUUUGGUGGUGGACGUGGUGUCAUAAAUGGUGAAGGCGCUGGUGGUGGUCGUGGUCGUGGUUAUGGCUUUGGUGGUGGAUUAGGUGGGUGUCGUGGUUAUGGCUUUGGGGGUGGACUAGGUGGGGGUCGUGGUUAUGGCACUGGUGGUGGACGCGGCGGAGGGAGAAUUAACGGACAGGGCAGAGGUGGACACGGGGGAAGGGGAAUAAACAAUCACCAACUCACCAUUGAUGCCUUGCUAGCACAAUGA